AUGAGAACAAGCAAGGCACCGCUGCCCGACACCUGUACCUCCUCAGGUUCAGGCAGCAAUUUCAAGCGAAGUUUAAAUGAAGCCACCUGCCCUAAAUUCUUCCUUAGAUCACUCAAUUGCUCGGCGAGGCCUGGGCUUGGCCAAUCCGUGCUUGUGUUUGCCAAAGUUACCGCCAGCACCUAUGAUGACAUUGUAGCACGUGACUUGGAGGCGGCUGCCGAAUUUGGCGUGACUGCCAAGGACGACACGCCGGCAGACCGGCCCAGACUCGUCUACUCGUAUUUGACCAGCCCGGCAAGCGCCAAGGAAUCCCGGGGUGUGGGGAUCACCCCCGGAAAAGGUCUGUGGGGCUUCGUGGAGUCAGUUUUGCUGAAUUCCGCCUUUUUGGCCGACAAGUCCAUGGCCACAUUGGGCCGCAAGUCUGUGCUUUCGCCCUCUUUGGCCACCACCAGCUUGCUCAAGACCCACGGCACGCAAGUGGCAUUGUACUUUGAGUUUGUUAAGUUCUACAUCUUGGCUUUGGGGGUAUUGGCGGUUUUUGGCGCUGUGGCAUACGCCAAGUCCAAGGCUUAUUCAUUGACGUAUUCGUUCGUGAGUCUUGCGUGGGGGGUCUCCUUCAUCCUCUUGUGGAAGAGAAAAGAACGUGCAUUGACCAACACGUGGGGCGUGCAAAACGCACACAAGGUUGAGCAGUACGACGCUGAUCUCGCCACAGCUUGCGUAGGGUCGGGGGAAAGGUUUUCGGUGGCCAAAGCCCGGGUAAAUAAGGCAGGGACGAGGUUCUUGAGAGAGUUGGCGUUUGUUCCCGUUGCGCUCGUGUUUGUGGCCGUUUUGGUGGUCUACCAGUUGCUCUGUUUCGUCUUGGAGAUCUUCUUGGCCGAAAUCUACGAUGGCCCUAUGCAGAUGUUCUUGAAGUUGGUGCCCACAGUCCUCAUUGCGGGAUUUGUCCCGGUUUUGACGGUUGUGUACAACAUGGUUGUCGAUAAGUUCCUCAACUGGGAGGGGCAUGACAACAACUACACACGCUACGACUCGUUUGUGGUCAAAACGUUCACGUUGAACUUCUUGACAGGCUACGUGCCGCUUCUCAUCACCGCAUUCAUCUACUUACCAUUUGCACAUUUCCUCGAGCCGGAGUUGCCUGUGAUAAAAAACCUAAUUGUGUCAAAUAUCCACCUGGACCGGUACGCGUAUAAAUACUUGUCGCAGAUCAAGUCCCAGAGCAACUUCAAGAUCAACCAGGCAAGAUUGGACGGCCAGUUCUUCUUUUUCAUCGUCACCAACCAAGUCAUUCUGCUCAUAUUAAAAUACGUCUUGCCUCUCGUGUUGCCGCAUGUGUUGAAGCUCGUCAACUCCAAGAUCCUUGGUAAAAAGGAGGAUGAGGUUCCGAUCGAUGCGCCCGAGGAGAAGGAGUGGCUCUCGGCUGUUCGCAAAUACAUCCACUUACCUGAGCACAAUGUUCAUGACGACUACAGAGGCUUAUGCUUGCAAUUUGGAUACCUCUCCAUGUUCGGCCCUGUGUGGACCUUAGCCCCUCUCUUAUCACUAGUCUUUAACGUGCUCACUUUUAAGUUGGACACAUGGAAGUUGACCAGUGGUCAGUAUUUCCGGCCUCCUGUUCCCAAGCGAGUCGACUCCAUUCACCCGUGGGACGUCGCAUUUUUCAUGUUGGCAUGGCUAGGCUCCAUUGUGUCACCUGCUGUGACGGCAUUUUAUCGCCAUGGAACUGAGCCGCCAAAGACAUUGGGUCAAUUCGCUUUGGACAAAGCCAGUGUGAAUGUUUCCUCCUCGACAUACUUGUGGAUCACUCUUUUGGCUUCUGAACACUUGUUUUUCGCGUUGUACUUCAUUGGCCACAAAGCCAUAUAUCUCUUGCGUUCCGAGAAAGAGGUUGAGAAUUCUAUCGAACAAACUAAUCUCAAGCAAAAGAGUCAAGUCCAACCUCUGGGCGCCGACGAGUCUCGCGACUGGGAGAAGUUGUCAAUUGAGGAAAUCAAGAAGCAAGCAAAAGGUACUGGCGAGACCUUCUCUUUGGAGAAGAAGUCUGGCAAUGCUCAGAAUCGGGAAGAAGGCGCCCUGAGUGGCGUUGCAUCAGCAGCUUCGAACAUCAAGCAUACUUUGGAAAGAAAGCAAUUGGAAUCUCAGGCGGAGGCAAAUGACACUAUCAUAACCACCAUUGAUUCGCAGGGUAAUAAAAUACAGGCAAUCAUUGACGGCGAUAGACACAUUGAUAUGAGCGACGUCGAAGACAUAACACGGAAAUUGUCAAGAAACGAGGAGAGUGGUAUUAUUUCUGAAAGUAAGGCCACAGCAAAGGCCAUCGGAGAAUCUGAACAAGAAAAGCAGGAGAAACAAGAGAAACAAGAGAAACAAGAGAAACAAGAGAAACUGGAGAAACUGGAGAAACUGGAGAAACUGGAGAAACUGGAGAAACUGGAGAAACUGGAGAAGCAAGAGAAACAGGAGAAACUGGAGAAGCAGGAGAAGCAGGAGAAACUGGAGAAGCGGGAGAAGCGGGAGAGCGUUACAGGUGAGUCCCUGGAAGAAGCCUCGACUUCCAGCAAACCAUCAAAGAAGAAAAGCAUCAAGAGGCUUUUGAAGCGGAGCUAA